CAGAUGUGGAAGAGGUCGGACAUGCAGACAUUAUUUUGACUUCAAACAAGUGUUUUUUUUUUCUUUUCUUUCCUUUUCACUCCUUCACUCAGUUGAAUUCGGCCUCAAACCGAAACAAAGAGUGCAGCGCGGAGAGGGAAAGCACCGCACUCAUUAAAGCAGAUGCGCGCUGGCGCAGCUGCUGCACUACCUGCAGUCAGUGGAGGUGCGCCGGGACGCACAGCUCUCCUUCCCAAAGACAUUUACUUAAAUAAACCAAUGACACAAAGGGAAACACACUGAUGCUUUGAUUCCGCGGGGAUGGGGGCAACGCGCACGGUCGGUCUCUUUGGAUUGAAGUAGUCCCACCAAACUGUCCCCCCCCCCCCCCGAACCUGGAAAAGUUCGUUUCUUCAGGCGCAGACACCUGCCACGUCUUCGGGUCGUGGCUGCCUCGCACCCCUCCACCCCACAGUCGAUGCCGAGGAUAAGGACCAUGAACGGGGACCACUGGUCGGUUGCCGUCGCGCCGCUGGAUCUGCGCACCACCAACCGAGAGCGUGGGAGCGCGGACUGCAAGGGUCGCGCCGAGGACGCCCCUCGGGGGGCCGGCGGCUCACCUGCGUCCCCGGCACGCGGAGGGAAGGACGCAUCGGAGACACGCUGCCCCGCGGCCGGGAGCGCGCCGGACCCGCAAACCGCUGCCGCGCGCAAGCGGCCAGCGGACGCGUCUUUUUGCAAGCUGCCGUUUAGGAAACGCCCGAUCAUCGUCGAGACGGAGACCCCGACGCGGCCCUCGGUCUCACCGCGACGCGCGGAUCGCCUUUCUCCCGCGGCGGACGCCGGCUUCCCGCUCCGGGAGGGGUCCGAGGACGGCAGGGUGCACGCGGCGCCGGGGACCCCGCGGCGGGCAGCAGAGGCAGGGCACGCUCCGGUUGGCUUCAGAUUUAGCUUCCUGCAACAGUUCGAUUACGCGCAUCCUCCGUGCCCGGGCCGUUUCCCCGGGGUGACCCACCCCCUGGUCCACCCGGACGAAGGCCUGCGGACUGGUGUUGCUCUGGCUACACAUCAGGAUGACGACGGAGACACGGCUCUCCACAUAGCCGUGGUACAGGAGGAGUUCACCUUGGUGCUGGAACUGAUCCGACUGCUGCUGUGGGCCCGCAGGGGCCUCGACGUCUACAACAACCUGCGGCAGACUCCUCUUCAUCUGGCAGUGAUCACGCAGCAGGCUGCCACGGUGGAGGCCCUGUUGAGAGGCGGCGCCGACCCCGCCGCCUUGGACCGCAACGGCCAGACGGCGCUGCACCUCUGCUGCGAAUACGACCAGCGCUGCUGUCUGUCCGUGGUGCUUUCCCACGCCCAGUCCUCCACCUGCUUGGAGAUUAGGAACUACGAGGGCUUGAGCCCUCUCCACCUGGCCGUGCUGCGCGGGCAGAGAGACUUGUCCAGGAUGCUGCUGCAGGCCGGCGCCGACAUCAACGCCAUGGACGUCAAGAGUGGCCAGAGCCCCCUCAUGCAUGCGGUGGAGAGCAAUAACGUGGACAUGGUCCACUUCCUCAUUGAGGGCGGCUGUGAUGUCAACAGCCAGUCGUACAGCGGGAACACGGCCCUGCACAGCGCCUGCGGCCGAGGGCAGGUGGACACGGUGCGUCUGCUGCUGAAGAGCGGGGCCGACAGCAGCCUCAAGAACUACCACAAUGACACCCCUGUGAUGGUGGCCAAGAACAAGAAAAUAAUAGAUGUGCUACGAGGAAGAGGUUCCAAUGCGGUUAGAAGUCAAGAUCAACACUGUGUGUCCGUCUCACCACACGGGAGCAGCUUUACAGAUAAUGGGUCCCCGUCUCCCAAUCACAGUUGUGGUUGUUCACCUUUGAAUACGCAUCACACCCCUCAUCAUUGCACCUCCCAUUCUCCAAAGACUCCCUCUACACUUGUAUUCCCAUUUUACUAGCUCAAAGUUAUUCUUCAAUAAGUGCAAUUUGAAGCUACCUCCUCCAAGCUGACCAGAAAAAGCAGAAGGUUCAGCUAAUGGGGCGACAAACCAGCAAAAGACUGCACCUGAAAUGAACCGUCCUGACAAGCUGGUCUUCUUCUGGAUUCCAUGGACAACCAUGCAUUGCUCCUUUCAGCCUCAUUCAGCUGCUGGGACCCAACCGGCUACCGCGGGAUUUCUCCAAAUGCACCUCUGAGGCAAAGUGAAUGUGCCACUGGUGUGGAUGCAGCCGACAUAAAGGACAGUAAAUGAUGAGCAUGUGCCCAUGCUUAGUGAACUCUGAGUCCCUGUUUAUUCAUGUAUUGUGGUCCUUACUGCUGUUCACAGAAUGACUGUAAAGAGAUGACAGGGGAAGAAGGGCAGCACAAAUAAAAAGCAUCACCAUAUGUCUUAUUGCACUGCUCAGAAUAAGGCUGAGCCAUGUGACUUGAACGGAAUAGUAGUGCAGUUAACUUCCCUCCUCCUGCCAUUUAAAAAAAAAUAUGUCCACCUUUUAGAUGUCUGUGUGCACGUGUGUGUGGUUUUAUCACUGUCAAAAGCUGUCGAUAUGUCAAUAUAAUAUUUUUUUACAUGA